AGCGGAGAGCCUUUCCAUUUCUUCCGCGACUUGGCGUAAGGCGAAAGUCAACGUCUCCUACAUGGAUGUCCGAUACAGUUACUCUCAAAAUGCUAGAAUAUACGCUUCCUGAAAUUCCCGUCCUUCUUACUUUCGCCUCCUUUCUUUUCUUCAUUAACCUUGCGGAAGGGGUCGCCAACUAUCUUAUCGAGGCUGGGCUGCUAGGUUCCCUGGUCGUAGGGAUAAUUUAUGGACCAGAGGCCGCCAAUAUCCUUCCAACGGACGUACAAACCACUUUCCAGAUCAUUGGGUACAUCGGGCUCCUGCUAAUAGUCUUCGAGGCAGGGCUGGCUACCGACAUGUCCCUGCUGUACAAGAAUAUCUGGUUAUCCCUCUUGGUGGCAUUGACCGGUGUGGGCCUCCCCAUCGGACUCUCCAUCCUCCUGCUCAGUGUUGGAUACAAGUAUACAGUUCUCCAGGGAUUCGCCGCUGGUGCAGCAUUAUGUUCCACAUCUCUUGGUACAACCUUGGCUUUGCUAAGUCCGGAGAUCAAGAACACGAGGACAGGUGUAGUGCUCUUGAGCGCCGCUCUCAUCGAUGACAUCGUGGGCCUAGUCAUUGCCGCCAUCAUCUCUGAGAUCUCUUCGGUCGACGAGGCGUCUGUGUCCAUCAAGUGGCAGACUAUCGUGCGGCCAAUCAUGGUCUCGGUGGCGUUUGGACUGUUCACUUUCAUCAUAUCACGGCUCCUACGCUUCUUACUGUUCCAUCAUCCAGCUGCGUGGAAAGACAGACUACGGACUCAACGUGUACAGCUGUCGAUGUUGAUUUUCGUAAUGGCAGGUUACGUGGCAGGUGCGAAUUACUCGGGGACAAGUGAACUGUUUGGAGCAUAUCUUGCUGGCACGUUGCUCACUCAUGUUUUCGCGCUAUCAUCGCGCGAGGAAUGCGAGGAUAAGACAGAAGACCAUCAGAUUAUCACACCUAUCCAUGCGUUCACUAUCUACAUCAUACCUAUUCUGCAAGUGUUGCUAUCGCCCUUGUUCUUUGCGUCCAUCGGGGCUGCUCUCCCCAUCAGGCUACUGGGGUCAGUUCAUGGUUCUCAUCGGGUUGUAUGGCGAGGAAUAAUAUAUUCCCUGCUCAUGGGCGUCGCGAAAGCCGCUGUGGGAAUCUGGAUGCUCGUCUGGCCUGACCGAGAUAGUGGUCUCCAUAUAUUGACAACCAUCGAGUCAGCUACCCUGCUAGGUACAGCAAUGGUGGCUCGAGGCGAGAUUGCGCUCAUUGUAGCCGAGAUUGCUCGACCGAUACUAGGUGAUGAUGAACCGUUUGCCGUCGUUGUAUGGGCUAUACUGCUCAAUACUAUUGGAGGUGCCGUGGGCGUCGGACUCGUCUUACGAGUUCGUACCAUGGAUAAGCCAUCAGUAUUUUCUAGUCUUUUACGGCGUUCCGUCGGGCGUUCAUCGGCCGAGGCGCAUGUAAAAUCGGUCGACGUAGAGGCGACGACGAAGUAAAUUACAGCGACGUAGAACAUUUCAUUCUCAUGUAGCUCAGGUUUUUUUCCCGUUGUUUUUCCUAGAAAAAUAGAAAGUGGUAUGUCUCCGAUAUUGCGGCUAAGGAAGAUGCCUAG